AUGCGAUCCUUCACUAUUUUGUUGUUUGUCAGCGCCGCUCUCGCAGCUCGCCCAUUCCUCAAUGAACCCGACACUGGAAUCGGGGAAAUCUUUGGUGAUCUCCCAGCUGGCGAGUUGCCCCCCUUAGACCGACUCGUCGGCUUGCCGGACUUCGACUGGGCAGCCCGCCACUACCUCAACGCGUCAAGUUACACAUUCUAUCGCAAUGGCGCAGCAGGCGAGUUCUCCUACCGCAACAACCUUGAAGGCUUCCAUCGCCUCCGCUUCCGUCCCCGCGUUAUGGUCGACAUCACUAAGGUUGAGUCGACGAUGCCGACAACCAUCCUCGGUCACAACUUCUCUGCCCCUUUCUAUAUCAGCCCCUGUGGCCGUGCUGGACUGGGACAUGCUGACGGCGAACUCGGUCUCGUCGGUGGUGCCGGAAAGGAAGGCAUUCUCUACAUCCCUGCCCUCCGGACUACACGCUCCGGCGAAGACAUUGCCAACGCCAGGGUCGAUGGACAGGUGACCUUCCAGCAAGUCUACCUCGAACACAACGACACCGCAACCCAGGAGAUUUUUGAUCGCGCCAAGGCUCUGGGCCACAAAGCCCUCGUAUUCACGGUGGACUCGGCCGCGGACGGCAACCGCCACAGAGCAGCCCGCUACGGCGUUGGCUCCGCUGAUACCGCUCUUACCUUCAACACCUGGGAAUACUACAAGCAUUUGCAGUCCAUGACCGACCUUCCUAUUAUCAUCAAAGGCGUCGGCACCGUCGAAGAUGCUAAGCUAGCUGUGGAACAUGGAGCACCCGGUAUUAUCCUUUCAAACCACGGCUCCCGCCAACUCGACAGCUCACCGUCAGGCUUGGAAGUGGCGCUGGAAAUCCAUGAAGAGGCCCCGGAAAUUUUCACGCAGACUGAGGUAUUUGCCGACGGCGGUGUGCGGUACGGUGCCGACGUACUGAAGCUGCUUGCGCUUGGUGUCAAAGCCGUCGGCUUGGGUCGCCCAUUCAUGUUUGCGAAUACGUACGGUGCUGAGGGUGUGGCGAGGGCUGCGCAGCUUCUGAAGCAUGAGAUUGCGAUUGAUGCUGCGAAUCUUGGGGUUGCGGAUCUGAAGCAGAUCGACUCAUCGUUUGUGAAGCUCCAAUACAACGGCUGGUACAGCUGA